UGCAUUAUUAAAGACAUCGCUAACUGGUUGUUAGCCGCAGUUAGCUGUUGUUUUCGUUCCAAGUUUUUUUUACAGGAAAGUAUUGGAUAAAAUAAUUUCAUGAAUUUACAUGGUUUUAGAGAAACUUUUAUACGAGAAGCUGUAUUUGGACGUGUCGAUUUAAAAACGACGUUAACUUUAGUUAGCUAACUUCUUUUAUAUAGCUAUCUUUUAACCAGCUAUCGUUAGCAGCCAGCCUUACUAUGCUGUAGUUAUCUGUUUUUGUUCAACUUUAUCUGUCGACCUUUUUGUAUUAAUAGGAGAUAUGAAUAUUACAUACAGAGGAGUCUGAUAAAUCAGUAACAUGUCGCUGAAAGACAAAUAAUUCUUGAUUAGUAUUGUUUGCAAAUAUUGUUAGUAUCAGCUGAAAACUCACAUGCAUGUUGUGUUUACCUGUGGAUAACUAACCGCUAACUACAUUAUCGUGUUUCCGAACCAUAAGAUGAACUAAUUUAGAGAGGAAUGUCUUAAUAGGGCUUUUUUUAGUUUAUAAGGAAUGUCUAAAGUAUCAUUGGUGUAUUGAAUAGAAUAGGAGCGUUUAUUUACGAGUCGCCAUGGCAAGUGCUUUAGCAGCAAAAAUAGGAUUCAACUCUUUGAUUAGAAAACAAGCCAAAUACUUUAAAGUAAAGAUAUGCACCAUGGAGUCAGACAUGGAGUUCAAGUGCGAGAUGAAGUGGAAAGGAAAAGACCUUUUUGACUUGGUGUGCCGGACUUUGGGACUGAGAGAAACCUGGUUCUUUGGGCUCCAGUACAACAUAAAGGACACAGUGGCUUGGCUGAAGAUGGAAAGGAAGGUUUUAGACCAAGAGGUCUCAAAAGAUGAACCAAUCACCUUCCACUUCCUGGCCAAGUUUUACCCAGAAAAUGCUGAGGAGGAGCUAGUGCAAGAUAUCACUCAGCGUCUCUUCUUUCUACAGGUAAGGAAGAAGAUCCUUGAAGAAGAAAUCCACUGUCCUCCAGAGGCCUCUGUGUUGCUGGCAUCCUAUGCAGUCCAUGCCAAGUACGGAGAGUAUGACCCUGAAGUUCACAAACCAGGCUUCCUGGCUGAGGAGGAACUGCUGCCAAAGAGGGUUAUUAACUUGUACCAGAUGACUGCAGAAAUGUGGGAGGAGAGGAUCACAGCAUGCUAUGCCGAGCACAGAGGCAGAACAAAGGACGAAGCUGAGAUGGAGUAUUUGAAAAUAGCUCAGGACCUGGACAUGUAUGGCGUCAAUUACUUUUUAAUCAAGAAUAAAAAGGGAACAGAUCUUCUGUUGGGAGUGGAUGCCCUUGGUCUGCAUAUCUACGAGCCGGAAAACAAACUGACACCCAAAUGCUCCUUCCCAUGGAAUGAGAUCCGCAACAUAUCCUACAGCGACAAGGAGUUUACCAUCAAACCUUUGGACAAGAAAACCAAUGUCUUCAAGUUCAACUCUUCACGACUAAGAGUCAACAAGCUGAUUUUGCAGCUGUGCAUAGGGAACCAUGACCUGUUCAUACGCCGACGUCGAGUGGACUCUCUUGAGGUCCAGCAGAUGAAGUCUCAAGCCAGAGAAGAGAGGGCCAGAAAGCAGGUAGAGCGACAACGUCUGCAGAGGGAAAAGCAGCUGCGAGAGGAAGCAGAGCGAGCCAGGGAUGAGCUGGAGAGGAGGCUCAUUCAGCUGCAGGACGAGGCUCACAUGGCCAAUGAGGCAUUACUGCGCUCAGAACAGACGGCAGACCUGCUGGCUGAAAAGGCCCAGAUUGCAGAGGAGGAGGCCAAGCUGUUGGCCCAGAAAGCUGCCGAGGCUGAGACGGAGAUGCAGCGCAUCAAAGUGACCGCCAUGCGUGGCCAGGAGGAGCGACGCAUUAUGGAACAGAAGAUGCUGGAGGCUGAGAUGCGAGCUCUCAAGAUGGCUGAAGAGUCAGAAAGGAGGACUAAAGAGGCUGAGCAGCUGAAGCAGGACUUGCAGGAAGCCAGGAAUUCAGAGCGCAGAGCAAAAAACAAGCUGCUGGAGAUUACCAGCAAUGCCAUCUAUACGUCACCUGGACUUCCAUCUGACAGCGUCCCUCAAGAACUUAACUUUAGCAGGGAGAAUCUCAGUUUUGACUUCAAAGACACCGACAUGAAACGCCUGUCCAUGGAGAUUGAGAAGGAGAAAGUCGAAUAUAUGGAAAAGAGCAAACAUCUGCAAGAGCAGCUGAAUGAGUUGAAGACGGAGAUUGAAAGUCUAAAGCUUAAGGAGAGGGAGACUCCUCUGGACAUCAUUCACAACCAGAACACAGAACAGGGGACCAGUAAGCACAGCAACUUUAAAAAGCUUACACUACAAAGCACCAAGUCGAGGGUGGCCUUUUUUGAAGAACUUUAAACAUUCUGUAACCGUGAGAAACUUCUCAAUGCUACAUUCCCGACUGCACUACAAACUUCUUACUGCUGGAAACAAAACCUGCCAACAGCCAGAAAAAUAUCUACUGCUUUGAAUUCAUCACCUCUAAGAAAAAUGCAUAUAAAAAAAAGCUGUGUGUGUGCAUGUGUGUGUGUUUACAAUAAGACUGAGUGUAAGACUUUUUUUUUAGAGAUAUUUUGAAAGAAUUUGCUUGUUGAAUUUAUCAAAGUGAAAUAACAUAGUCUGUCUAUGCUACAGGAGAAGCUGUACUGCUCCUAUUCCACUGUGAGUCUAAUGAGAUUGUGUUUUGGGAGUUUGGAAUAGUUAAUGUAUAAUUUCCAGUUGAAGUGACCUACAUAAUAUGAGUGAUGAACUAUUUAGCAGUUCUGCAGGGAAAUAAACCACUAACAUUACCCGAACCAAACGCUUGAUAUCUGGAUAUGCUGUUCCAUGUUAAGUAUUCUUUUUACCUUGCCUCUGCUGAAACACUACACACUUGGUAUAUUAUGUUUUGUUACAAUUUAUCUUCAUUUAAACUGAAUAUUUCAGCUGAAAGUUCAGGUCAUUUCUCUGCCAUCUUGAAUGGAAAGAGCCAUUCGUUAAAUCUGUGGAGUUUAUGAUCUGUGGAGAAUAUUAAGCGUGUACUGAACACUGAAAUCCCCAUCGAAUUUACAAGAAGGUCCCUGCCUCCCUUUCUGUUGCGAAUGUGGAUGAACUGUUACCUAUGAGGCCUUAUUAACCAUGUUUACAUCGUGAAUACAUAUUUGAUAUCUCAGAUCGGGGCGUCUUUACACAAAACUGAAUAGGAGACACUAAGUACUGGAAGGUUCUCUGAAUUUAAACUAAACUUCUAAGAUGUUUUUGUGCAAAGUUUGUUUGUGCAAAGAAAACCACUUUGAUUUGCAUAUAUUUUGAAUUAAUGUGAACUUUGGAAUUAAUUUCUGCUCUCCCUCAGAAAGCAAUUAACUUGGAGAAAAUAUAAUGUGAAGAAAACAUUUUUUUAUCUGAUUUUAAAAGGGAUAAUAAACAGUAUUUAAAGUUAAA